AUGAAGAUAAUGGGAAGACUUUUAACUGAAAGUAGUCUCAAAGAAAGACCUUAUAUUGAAGCGUCAAAAUGUUCGAGACAUUAUUUAACUGAACAUGGAGAAAUGUUACAAGAAGCCUUGUACAAUCCCAUUACAAAACAUUUGAGAAGUAUCGAAUCUAAACUUAAAAAUAAUACCAACACGGUACCUGGUAGCUCACCACCACCACCACCACCACCAGCCCCAUGUUAA